AACAAACAGGGCCUUGAUGCAUGGGCCUCGUUCUACUUCCAUUGGAGAAGGCAAGCCUCUCCUCCCUCUCCGAACCAGCCGCCGCCGCCGCCGCCGCCGACUGCUCGGCGAUCAUGGUCGGCGACCGAAAGCGCCCGGCUCCCUUCGCCGGAUUCUCCCCGUUCGCUCGCUCCCUCCUCUUCUCCGCCUCCUCCUCUAAACCACUACCUCCCCCCGAGGAUCCACCCGCCGCCGCCGCCGACGAAAUCCCUUCAGGAAUCGCCGGCUCCAGUCGCGAUAUGCCGCCGCCCAAGCGCGCCAAGCGGGCCGAGCCUUCCAGCGACGAGGAGCGCUACAGCAGUGACGACGAGAGCUACAGCAGCGACUCCGACGACAGCGACGACGCGUCGGAGGAGCUCGAUACGGUGCAAGCGGACUUCGCCUUCUACGACCCCAAGCCCGGCGACUUCCAUGGCGUCAAGCUGCUGCUCAAGACCUACCUCGACUCCAAGCCGUGGGAUCUCACUGGCUUCGUCGACCUCAUCCUUGAGCAGACCACGGUGGGUACGGUUGUCAAGAUUGCUGACGAUGAAGAGGAUGGUGAAGGAAAUGGUGCUGAUGGAAGCAGCACUGGUGGCAAUGACGAUCUGUUUGGUCUCAUUAGCGUGCUUAAUCUUGGAAGAUACAGUGAGCACCGCUGUAUGAAGGAUCUUAAGGAUUACCUGCUUGCUGUUUGUGGUGACAAGGAUACCAAGAAGAAGCUCAAGCAAAUGCUGGGGGACAAAGCACCUGAUGUGGGUCUGCUUGUGUGCCGCCGUUUUGUGAAUUUCCCAUAUGAACUUGUGCCCAAGAUGUAUGAAUCGUUAUUUGACGAAGUUUCAUGGGCCACAGAAGACGAGCCAACACAAGAACUCCGGGACUCCUUCCGGUUCAAGCAGUACCUAAUGGUUGUCAGAGUACUUGAGAGGAAAACUCCAGCAAAGCAAAAGGCAAAGAACAGUACAGAAGAGGAUGAGCCUAUUAUCUAUCCUAAGUUAGAAGACGAAAUUUUUCGCGAGCUUUCUUCAUGGUCGUUCACUUUCCCAAUACGUUCUGAACAAUCGGCUCAGCAAGAGAUGAAGAAUUACAAGGAGAUGGGCUUAGUGAUGGCCGUCAAAGCUGAAGCAAUUCCGAAGUUCCGAAAGAAGUUGGAGGAUCUACUAUCUGAAUAGUUCUCUCCACGCAUUGUAGGUCGUGUGGAAUUUUGCUGCUGUCCACAUGAUAUUGGAACCUCCAUAUCUUCUCUUGCUAUUGCUUGUUAGUGUCCCUAGUAAGCGCGGACGCUAAGUUUGUGAGUGCAAAGCCCUAAUUGAAUUGCUAGCAUUGCCAUAGUAGAAGAGAAAUUCAUGUGUAAGAGGAAAUCAAUUAUGAACUUCCCUUAUACUGAUAUCAAGAGAUUUUGAAGGACUUUUUUGGUUGCUCGAA